AUGUUUUAUAAAAUACCCCCACCUCCACCCCAAAAACUGUCUAAUGCAUCUUCGAAAUCAAAUAUAUUAGGUGAAUUUAAUAAUAUUAAUAAUAAAUUAUCGCAGAAUGAUCUAAAUCAUAAGGGGCAUAUAACUGAAAUUUAUGAUAGUGCUUUUGUUACAGUACCAGAAUGGCUGGAGGAGCCUUCAUGGUUUUGUGAUGCACUAAAAGAAGAGAAUUUGUCAAACUAUAAAGGAACUGAUAUUUAUUUGUACAACUCAGCUUCCAAAAUUUUUUAUCCGAGUAAUGAUUGUCACCUUGAACAAAUUCAUGAUGAUUUCAAUAGUAUAACACAUUCAUAUGGUUCAAGAAGUGGGACAAAGAUUACAACAUCAAAACGACCUAGACACUUCUUUUGUUACUCUUGUCAUCAAUUUAAACCAAGAAGUACAAAAGCUAGAUUUAAAGUUUGUAAGCAUGUAAGUUGCUAUCAUUGUUUGAGAAAAGCACUACAUGUUGAAUUUUGGGCAGCUAAAAAAGAUAUUUGGGAAAAGUGUCGUGCUGUAUGUCCAUUCUGUCAUAUAGUACUUGACUGGACCAAAAUGAAACCCUACAUUGUGUUAUCAUUUGAAGCAAAAACAUUGCCAUUAUUAGCUUUAUGUAGUAUUGAGGAUCGUCAAUUAGAGGCACACAAAGUUAUCCAAGCUUUCUUUCCUCAGGGUGUGCCUUCACAUGUUAUAUGCGGUUAUAGUAUUGAUAUGUCUAUUAAACCACUUGUAACACAAAGAUUAUUUGGCUAUAUUUUGGAUAUAGAGUCAAAUACAAAGUCUUGUUCUGAAAUACCUGGCAUAAAGGGAGAAGAAAUAAUUGAAGAUGAAAAUGAUGGUAUUAUAUCAUUAUCAACAUCUACAACUGUUACUCCUUGUUCAUCCACAAGUAGGAAAAGUAGCUUAAGUACAGCAAUUUGGAAUGAUGAAUUUAAAGCAAUUGAUUUAUCACUAAGUAAUAGUACUUUAUAUAAACAAGGUGAAUGGGUGAUUAACAGAUAUCAAAUAUAUCCAGACAUUUUUGAGCUUUGGAGGAUGGAUUUUGAGAAUAACAAGAGUUACUUUGAAUAUUCAAGAUUGCAAGUAGCUGAUACCUGUAUAAAAAGUUAUGAUAUAAAAAUAACUACUCAGUGUUCAAUAGAUACAAGAACAGACACAACUUUCUGUGAUGAAUACGAUUGUUAUCAGGAUAUUGGAUUGAUUCUUGAAUAA